UAAAUGUAAAUCACUAACAACGGUGUUAGUUGUGCUUCUAAUCAGUACGUUAGGUUGCAUGCAAUUGAUUAUACUGGGUCUGUUAGCUAGCUUGCUAACACUUAGCUAGCUAACGUUACGUUAGCUAGCUCUCGUUCAACGAGUUGGCCCAUCUUGGGCUAGCUAACACUAGUCAAUCAGUUUGGUUUCGUCUAUUAUUUAUUUCAAAGUAUUAGCUAACUACCAGUAAUGGCUUUCACUGACUUCUCUUAUGGCACACCCGUUGUGGUAUACAAAGCCUUUAUUAACCAGACAGUCGCCAUCACAUCCACCUAGCACUGAGUCGACCCUCUGACUACUCAGUCAUGGACAAAGGUUUGGUACCAGGUAGGACCAGUUCGAUCUCAGAGGAGAUAUGUGUGAUGCCAGAUAUGAGUGGCAUCAAGUUGGAACACCCGGGUGGGAGUGCGGACAACACAGGUGCACAGAACGUGGCCAUGGGGAUCAAGUUCAUUCUGCCCAACCGCUUCGAUAUGAACGUGUGCUCAAGAUUCGUCAAGUCACUCAACGAGGAGGACAGCAAAAACAUCCAGGACCAAGUCAACUCCGAUUUGGAGGUGGCUUCUGUUUUAUUUAAAGCCGAGUGUAAUAUUCAGACGUCACCCUCACCGGGGAUACAAGUGCGUCAUGUUUAUACCCCGUCCACCACCAAACACUUCUCUCCCAUCAAACAGUCGACAACACUCACCAACAAGCACCGUGGUAACGAGGUGUCCUCCACACCUCUUCUGGUCCACUCUCUGUCCAUUCACCAGCUAGCAGCACAGGGUGAAAUGGUUUUCCUGGCCAGCAGGAUUGAACAAGAGACCGUGAUUAACCUACAGGAUGAGGAAGGCUUCACCCCCCUGAUGUGGGCUGCAGCACAUGGACAGAUUGCAAUCGUAGAGUUCCUGCUUCAGAACGGAGCGGACCCCAACCUGUUGGCUAAAGGCAGAGAGAGUGCUCUGUCUCUGGCAUGCAGUAAGGGAUACACAGACAUCGUGAAGAUGCUGAUCGACUGUGGGGUGGACGUCAAUGAAUAUGACUGGAACGGCGGGGCUCCCGUGCUCUACGCUGUCCAUGGGAACCAUGUGCCCUGUGUGGAAAUGCUCCUGGAAAGUGGAGCCGACCCCACCACUGAGUCCGACUCUGGCUUCAACGCUAUGGAUAUGGCUGUGGCAAUGGGCCAUAGGAAUGUUCAACAGGUGAUGGAGGCCCAUCUACUGAAGCUGCUUAUGGGGAUGCGAGAGUGACCAGAUCCCAGGGAAAAGCCACUAACCUGGGGGACAUGGACUGCCUGAGAAUGGAAACACAGUAUACAGCAGACGCCAUAAUGAAUUAAGAAAUAUGUCUGAGGACAAACGUGAAGCACGUCUACGAGACUCACCUGUUAGGCUCAUAUGUGAAACGUUUAGGAAGCAUGUGUGUGAGUAUUUAGGCACCCCAUGUAUCUGUUUUGGGUAGACGUCCUAUUGAGUUUUGUAACCAUGUAAAUAACUUCUGAGCAAAAUGCCAAUGUGAGAAACUAGUGCAUAAACCCAAACGUCUACACUAAUCAUGCAUUAAUAAAUGGGGGAUGUUGAAAGUGGAGUUAAUUGCACACGUCAUUUGAGAAUUCUGCCCCUCAUGAAAAGGGUAUUAGCAUGAAAGUAAACAGCCUAGUGGGUCAACUGCCGCAACUAUUAAGAGUGUCAACUUCUAUGCUGUUUUGGUGCCCUAGCUCCCACGUAAUGGCAUUCAGCGAACCCGUGCACAUACUGUGUGUGACGGAACAAAGUCUUGCAUCUCAAUAUCUGCAGUGCUGCUCGUGGUAACGUCAUUUCACGGGCUACUUUUAACACUAAAGUUGUGGUGAAAUGAAGUACAUCGAACAAUAAAUAUAAAAAUCAAUAAAUUGUUGGUCCCAUGUUUCAUGAGCUGAAAUUUAAAAAAAGACAUUUUCCAUAGCCACAAAAAGCUUUUCAAAUUGUGUCCAGAAAAAAGAAACCCGCACACUGCUCUUGGUAGUAUCACUGCUCUUUAUUAAGCUUUACUUAUCAGUCUCAAGGCCUUGUUCAGAGCUUUUUCAAAUAUACAUAAAGCUUAAUAAAGAGCAGCGAUCCUAAAGGGGAGAGAUCCUGCUGUAGGUAGGUUGUAGUUUAAUGUAUAUUUGUGUGUUUAUCUGAGCGACUUCAUUGGAAGAUAUGGUUGAAAUGCCAUCCCAGGGUACAUUAGUGUUGUAGAAUGUUCCUUCAGAUCUUUGCUGGUGCUGCUUUAUUGUAAAUAAACACCGUGUAAACCAUCUUCA